GAGCUCCUUAGUUCUAUUUGGGAAAACGUGAAGUACACAUCACCAGACCGAGAAACUCAAGCAUGAGCGAUAAAGAUCGACUGCUAGAUAAGGAGGCUGGCAAAGGACCAAUCAAAGAUAUUGCUUGGAAAGAUGCCACAAAAGCUCCCUGGUAUUUCGGAACAGGAUUCAUCAUCUUCUGGAUGUUACUGUUUUUCGCAGUAGUCAUUCCGCUCUUCUACCGCUUACCCGCAGCUCUUAGCAUCGAGGAUGGGCAAACUGGAGAAUUCAUUGGAGAACGUGCCUAUAACACACUCAACAAUCUUGUCAACAUUGGCCCCAAAGUGCUUGGCACUGAUGCCAAUGAAGUUGACGCUGUACUUUUUCUACUCAACGAGAUCGCCGACAUAACGAAAAAUCUGCUCACCGAUCGCUAUACCAUAGAGAUCGAUGUACAGAAAACCUCAGGUGCCCACAUCUACAGUAACAUGCUUGAAGUGUAUCGGGAAGCUCAAAAUGUUGUUGUGAAAUUGUCGCCAAAAAAUUCCACAAGCGAUUCUUAUCUGCUUUUGAAUAGUCACUAUGACACAGUGCUGACUUCGCCAGGAGCGGGUGAUGAUGGAUUCAUGGUUGCCGUUAUGCUGGAGGUUCUGCGUGUGAUGGCCACGACACAUCAGAACUUUGAGCAUCCCAUUAUCUUUCUCUUCAAUGGCGAUGAGGAAAUGGGCUUACAGGCAUCGCAUGGCUUUAUAACUCAACACAAAUGGGCGGCGAAUUGCAAAGCAGUGAUCAACUUGGAUGCUGGCGGUAGUGGAGGGCGAGAUAUUUUAUUCCAGACAGGACCUUCACAUUCCUGGCUUGCCAACUACUAUAAGAAAAGUGCCAAGCAUCCUUUUGCCACAACUUUGGCUGAGGAAAUCUUUCAAGCGGGUCUUAUACCUUCAGACACGGACUAUCGCAUCUUCGUUGAACAUGGCAAUAUUCCAGGUGUCGACAUCAGUCAGUUUAUUAACGGAUACGUAUAUCACACCAAGUAUGACCGAACAGAUGUAAUUCCUCGCGGAUCUAUUCAAAAUACGGGUGAUAAUGUCCUUGGGCUCGUCAAGGCCCUAGCCAACGCUCCUGAAUUGCGCGAUAUUAAGGAUCAUGAGGAGGGACGCGCUAUCUUCUUUGAUUACCUAGGACUUUUCUUUAUCAGCUACUCGGUAGAAACAGGAAACAUAUUGAACUAUAGCGUCGUUGGAGUUACCCUUCUUCUAAUCUUCAUAUCAAUGUUCCGCAUGUCAGCAUUGUCCUCGCUUUCCUGUUGCCAAGUGAUUCAGCAACUUAUAAUAACACUGAUUAUACAGAUCAUCGCUUUUGUUCUGGCCCUGGUAUUACCGAUAAUCGUGGCCUAUUACUUCGACAGUUUUGGAUUGUCCUUGACCUACUUCAGCUCUCCCUAUCUGCUCAUCGGAUUGUAUAUUUUCCCUUCGCUCAUUGGUCUGAGUCUUCCCCUCAUCCUUUAUUGCCAAUCACUGCAGCAAAAUAAAUUGCCCACCAUAUACCACCUGCAGUUAGCACUUCAUAGCUGGGCAAUAAUUUUAUCGCUUUUGCUUCUCGGAAUGACGUCAUAUGGACUUCGAUCUGGAUAUUUUUUUACAAUUUCAAUUAUUUUUUAUACCAUACCACUGAUCAUAAAUUUGAUAACAACAUUUCACGAUCGCGGCUUCAGUUGGGCUGGCACAGUAAUGAGUUUCCAGGUGAUUCCAUAUCUUUAUAUCAGCUCCCUCAUCUACACCUUAUACGUCGCCUUAACCCCCACCAACGGUCGUGCCGGAAGUGCUUCGAAUCCCGACAUUAUGACUGCUGGCCUAACAGCCCUCGGCACUUUGCUCUGCUUUGGAUUCUUGGCUCCUCUAAUCAACAUGUUUCGUCGACCAUCCAUCGUGGUGUUCUCCCUGUUUCUGGUCAGUGUUGUUACCAUGUACUUGGCGAGCAGCACUAAGAUCGGGUUUCCUUAUCGACCCAAGACCAACACCGAACGCGUCAUGUAUCAACACGUGCGCAGAAUCUUUUACGAGUACGAUGGAACUGUUAGCCGUGACGAAUCCGGCUAUUUGUUUAACUUCCAAGACAGAAGAGAGGAACAACCUUACGCAGGGGUCAAUCUAACAGGAUCGGUAAGAACUAAAUCGGAAUGUGACAAGCACAUGAUGUGUGGACUCCCUUACUUUGAUGAAAGAUGGGUGGGAAACCGCUUUGAGGGCAUGUGGUUACCCCGAGAGGAGCCCAUUGUACCGCCAAUUCCCGUUACUCUGGAGCUACUGAGCAAAACAGUGUUGGAUAACAAUAAGACUGCGCGUUUUGAGUUCAGAUUAAAGGGCCCGCAGUAUAUGAGUUUAUAUAUUCAACCGAAUGAAGAUGAUUUUGUAUCCAUAAGCAACUGGACAUUCUCACAGACUUAUUUGGAGAAUCCUCCUCCUUCCCCACUAACUUACCACAUAUAUAUUUCAUAUGGCUCAAAAAGUCCAUCGCUGGACUUUACAUUGGAUCUUUCGAAACUGAAUGGCAACUAUGAAGUUCCUGUACUAGAAAUAGGAGCCUCGGGACAUUGUCUUGGGAAUAAAGGCGAUGAAAUCAGUCAAAGCUUCGCCACAACAUUUCCACACUACGCAAUUGUAGUGGACUGGCCCUCAACAUAUAAACGAUAUAUCUUUUAAAUAAAAACUAAGCUAUUCUAGGUUAAGCUAUGAUAAGUUAGGAGAGGGAUCUCUCGAAAUACAUAAAAAUACAACUUCCCCAAAGUUUUAUUGCC